AUGGGCUCCACCAAUGCCGUGGCCAACCUGCAGAAGAUCAUGACCCGCAUCGGUGGCUGCUGCCUCAUCACCAUUGGCGUCUGGAUCAUCAUCGAGCUCUCCGUCCAGUUCGGCCACUACCACCACUCCUGCCGUGCCGGUGUCGGCAACUGCCCCACCCUGACCAACAUGCUGGUGAUCAUCGUGGGAGGCAUCCCCAUCGCCAUGCCCACCGUGCUGUCGGUCACCCUGGCCCUGGGCGCCUUCAAGCUGGCGCGCGAGGGUGCCAUCGUGUCGCGCAUGUCGGCGGUGGAGGAGAUGGCGGGCAUGGACAUCCUGUGCUCCGACAAGACUGGCACGCUCACCCUGAACAAGCUGACUGUGGACCACGUGAACACCUACAACAUGUCCGGGCACAGCAUCGAGGAUGUGCUCAAGUUCGGCGCGCUGUCUGCCAACAUCGUGACCGAGGAGCCCAUCGACAUGGUGCUGCACGAGUCCUACCCCGAGCGCGACACGCUGUGGAGCGAGUACAAGCUGGCGAAGUUUGUGCCCUUCAACCCCACCGACAAGAUCACCAUCGCGAGCGUGACGGACGUGAAGACGGGGGAGAAGAUGCGCGUGAUGAAGGGCGCGCCCCAGGUGGUGGUCCGCUUCGCGCACGACUGCGCGGAGAUCGAGUCUGCCUGCCACGACAAGAUCGUGGAGUACGCCAACCGCGGCUUCCGCGCGCUGGGCAUCGCGCGCGCGGAGGGGCACGAGGGCGACCCCACCUGGGUGAUGGUGGGCCUGGUCCCGCUGUUCGACCCCCCCCGCCACGACACCAAGGACACCAUCGAGCGCUGCCUGGAGAUGGGCAUCCACGUGAAGAUGAUCACCGGUGACCAGCUGCUGAUCGGCAAGGAGACGGCCAAGCAGCUGGGCAUGGGCACCAACAUGUUCACCACCGAGGCGCUGCUGAAGGCGAAGCAGGGCAUCGGCCUCGUGGAGGGCCACGCCUCGGUGGAGGACCUGAUCGAGAACGCCGACGGCUUCGCGGAGGUCUACCCCGAGCACAAGUUCAUGAUUGUCAAGGUGCUGCAGGAGCGCAAGCACAUGUGCGGCAUGACGGGCGACGGCGUGAACGACGCGCCCGCGCUGAAGAAGGCCGACGUGGGCAUCGCGGUGGCGGGGGCCACCGAUGCGGCGCGCGGCGCGGCUGACAUCGUGCUCACCGAGCCGGGGCUGUACACCAUUGUGGGCGCCAUCAUCGGCGCGCGCAAGAUCUUCCAGCGCAUGACCACCUACUCGCGCUACACCGUGGCCAUGACCUUCCGCAUCUGCUUCACCUUUGGCCUGCUCACCGUCAUCUACGACUGGUACUUCCCCACCAUCCUCAUCGUCCUGCUGGCCGUGUUCAACGACGGCGCCAUGAUCGCGCUGUCCAAGGACCGCGUCACCCCCUCCCGCCUGCCCAACCGCUGGAACCUGCCCUCCAUCUUCACCUCCGGCAUCGUGUACGGCCUGUACCUCACCCUGUCCUCCUGGGUGCUCUACUACGUCGCCACCCACCUCGACUUCUUCGAGAACAAGACCAAGCUCGUCAGCCUGAACGUCACCGAGGAGUCGCUGACCAACUUCUGCACCAGCUUCGCCAUCCCUGCCGCGGGCGCCACCCCUGACGCCACCCUGUGCACCGUGCCCACCUACGCCGAGCAGCUGGGCGCCAGCUGCGACCAGUACGACGUCCUGAACCAGUGCAUCACCGAGCAGAGAUACGUGCGCGGCGCCAUGAUGCGCUCCCUCCUCUACCUCCAGGUGUCUGUGUCCGGGCAGGCGCUGGUGUUUGUCGUCCGCUGCGUGGAGUACUCGCUGCUGUCGCGCGCGGGGCUGCUCACGUACGUGGCCUUCUUCGUGGCCCAGGUCGCGUCCACCCUGAUCGCCGCCUUUGGGUUCAAUGGGUACGAGGAGCCGAGCACCAACCUGGAGGACUGCGUCUUCUGCACCAUGUCCUCCGGCAACCACAACCCCUUCUGGAACAAGCGCGCGGUGCCGCUGGAGGGCACCGAGUCCGCCUUCACCGCCUCCGUCAUCGGCUGCCUGGGCUACGUCAUCGUGGCCUGGAUCUGGUCUGCCAUUUGGUACAUGGGCCUGGACCCCCUCAAGUGGGCCCUGUUCUACGUCCUGAACGAGGAGGGCUUCCGCAACGGCGGCUUCUUCUCCACCUUCUACGGCCAGCGCGGGGAGGCCAUGGGCACCUCCGCCGGCGUCGGCAUCAACAAGAACUCCAUGUCCCGCGUCUCGCUGGCACGCGGCUCCGCACAGCAGCGUGUGUCCAUGGGCGGCAAGACCUCGGGCGGCAUCCCCGGCGUGGGCGGGUCCAUGGUGCCCGGUCCCGCCAUGCUCGAGCGCGCCUCCAUCGUGCGCGUGCCCAAGUGA